AUGCCGUGUGGUAUCGGUGGCUCCAAGACGGUCCAGCGCAAGCUUGUCUUGCUUGGCGAUGGUGCAUGCGGUAAAACCUCGCUGCUGAAUGUCUUCACGAGGGGGUACUUCCCGACCGUCUACGAGCCAACAGUGUUUGAGAACUACGUUCAUGACAUUUUCGUCGACAAUGUGCAUAUCGAGUUGUCGCUCUGGGAUACCGCUGGGCAAGAAGAGUUCGAUAGGUUACGGAGUCUGUCAUAUGACGACACCGACCUGAUCAUGCUCUGCUACUCCGUCGACAGCAAAGACUCGCUCGAAAACGUCGAGAGCAAGUGGGUAGGCGAGAUCGCCGACAACUGCCCAGGGGUCAAGCUUGUCCUAGUAGCGCUGAAGUGCGACUUGCGGGAAGCGGCGGACGAGGACGAGGCGGCCGCAUCCGAGGAAGCCAACCCGCGCGAGAAGAAGCCGAUGAUCAACUACGACCAAGGUCUUGAGGUUGCCCGGCGGAUCCACGCGCUCCGGUACCUCGAGUGCUCGGCCAUGCGGAAUCGGGGUGUCAACGAGGCGUUCACGGAAGCGGCGCGUGUCGCACUUUCGGUCAAGAAAGAGCGUGACGACUCCAAGUGCGUUGUCAUGUGA